GGAUUUAACUUGAUGUAUCUUCAGCCCCUGAGGUUCCUGGGACUUUCCCAGUCCCAGUCCAUUGCACUGUCCAGGACAUCUUCCGUGUCCCUGUGAAGGCAGGACAGGUGGCACCGGCCAAGGGCAACAGGUCAACCCUCAUCUAGACGAAGCCUCUGUGGACCCAGCGUUGACCUAUGGCUUUUCAUGCCUGAAGCAGACCAGGGACCAGCACCAGAAUGGAUUUUGGGGCCUUGGAGACGGUGGUGGCCAAUUCUGCCUUCAUCGCUGCCCGGGCCAGUUUUGAUGCGAGCAGCACCCAGUGUUCCCGGGACAAGAAGUACCUUGCAAAGCUCAAGCUGCCCCCCCUCUCCAAAUGCGAGUCCCUUCGCGAGAGUCUCAACCUCGAGUUUGAAAGUGUAUGUUCAGAACAGCCCAUCGGCAAGCGCCUCUUCCAGCAGUUCCUGAAAACAGACGAGAGGUAUGUGCCGGCCCUUGAGCUCUGGAAGGACAUUGAGGACUAUGACACAGCAGAUACCAAUUUCCGGUUGCAGAAGGCCCAGGCCAUCGUGGCUGAGUACUUGGACCCCCAAGCCAAGCUCUUCUGCGGCUUUCUGGACGAGGGGGUGAUGGCGAAGGUGAAGGAGGUGCAUGCCGCUGUUGAGGACGGACUCUUCCAACCCAUCCUGCAGGCCACCAUGGCACACCUGAGCCAGGCCCCCUUCCAGGAGUACCUGACGAGCCUCUACUUCCUGAGAUUCCUCCAGUGGAAGUGGCUGGAGGCCCAGCCCGUGGGGGAAGACUGGUUUCUGGACUUCAGGAUCCUGGGGAAAGGGGGCUUUGGGGAGGUGUCAGCCUGCCAGAUGAAGGCAACUGGCAAGAUGUAUGCCUGUAAAAAACUGAACAAGAAGAGGCUGAAGAAAAGGAAGGGGUACCAAGGUGCUAUGGUAGAGAAGAAGAUUCUAGCAAAAGUACAUAGCAGGUUUAUAGUCUCUCUGGCCUACGCGUUUGAAACCAAAGCCGACCUCUGUCUGGUGAUGACCAUCAUGAAUGGAGGUGACAUAAGGUAUCACAUCUAUAAUGUCAGUGAGGACAACCCUGGCUUUGAGGAGCCACGCGCCGUCUUCUACACAGCCCAGAUCAUCAGUGGGCUGGAGCACCUGCACCAAAGGAGGAUCGUCUACCGGGACCUCAAGCCCGAGAAUGUCCUCUUGGACAACGAUGGCAAUAUCCGAAUCUCUGACCUUGGGCUGGCAGUGGAACUGAAGGACGGGCAGACCAAGACCAAAGGCUAUGCAGGGACUCCAGGUUUCAUGGCUCCCGAGCUAUUGCGGAGUGAGGAGUAUGAUUUUUCUGUGGAUUACUUUGCCUUGGGGGUCACAUUGUAUGAGAUGAUUGCAGCCAGAGGACCCUUUCGAGCCAGAGGAGAAAAGGUGGAGAACAAGGAGCUCAAGCAGAGGAUCCUUUCAGAGGCUGUGAAGUACCCGGAGAAGUUCAGCAAGACCAGCAAGGACUUCUGUGAGGCGCUGCUCGAGAAGGACCCAGAGAAACGUCUCGGGUUCAGAAAUGGGACUUGUGAUGAGCUGCGGGCCAACGCCCUCUUUAAAGACAUUAACUGGAGACAGCUUGAGGCUGGAAUGCUGAUACCUCCUUUCAUCCCAGACUCCAGAACUGUCUAUGCAAAGAAUAUUCAGGACGUAGGUGCCUUUUCCACAGUCAAAGGCGUGGUCUUUGACAAAACAGAUACAGAAUUCUUUCAGGAAUUUGCAACUGGCAACUGCCCCAUCCCCUGGCAGGAGGAGAUGAUUGAGACAGGCAUUUUUGGGGAGCUGAAUGUGUGGCGUUCUGAUGGGCAGAUGCCGGACGACAUGAAGGGAAUCAGUGUCCAGGAGCCAGCACCCUCGUCCAAGUCAGGAAUGUGUCUGGUUUCCUAAGAAAGCUCCCUGAAGCUAGAGGCAUUCACUGAGGGAAGCCAAGGAGAAAAGAGGCUAGCAACCAGUCUGUGUAGAGGAAAAGGAAAAUUCUGGAAACUUCAGUGUGGCUAUGAGUUAAUCUAUCGAAAGACAAAAUGCCUUCGCGUCUUCAGUUGUAGAUGCAAUCAGCUAGUGACCAAGUAGGAUUCUUCUGUCCCAGGUCACUUCUCAUGUGGCUGAGUUUCCUCAUUAGCACAAUGAAAAGAAAAGAGGUGUGUGUGGCAGAACAGCUAGAUUUUUCACCUGGGGUACUGAGCUUCCAAACCAUAAAUAGUUCGUUUAUUUUGCCCCCAUUUCACUACAAAAAAGACACAGAAAGCGUUCUCUGGAUGGAAUACACGAAUAAUAAUAUAAACUCUCAAAGGGCCUUUGGCACAGAUGUACAACCUAACAUUUUUGGGCAAAGGAGAAUGGUUUGGUGGAGACCUGGGUGGUGCAAAUGGUUAAGUAGUUGGCUACUAACUGAAAGGUUGGCUGUUUGAAUCCACUCAGAGGCACCUAAAGAAAAGUCCUGGUGAUCUACUUCUGAAAGAUGACAGCCAUGGGGCAUGGGGAGGAGGAUGUUUUAAUCAGAGGAGAUUAAAGUUUAUUUGGGGUUUCCUGGUGUAUUGUUAAUUUCUCGGAGCCUGAAUCCUCAGUGGGAUUUGUCCUUUUGGUUCGUUCAGGCUUUGGCAAACUACAGCCUGCAGGCUCACAGGCAUCGCUAGCAUUGUGAGCACUCUGCCCCUGUUACCUGCUUCAUGCUCAGCUCCUGCCUCCUGACUACCUGGCCUCCGGGCAAGGUCUGUGCUGGGGACUCUGUUGUUGGCAACUGCUGAGUACUGGGUGGACUAAUCUCAGUUGGGGUCACAUCGCCUCCAGCUCAAGUUGAGCCGGCUCUCACCAGUAGGAAGGAAGGGAAGGGCUGUUUCUAGAGCGCAGAGUAAACCUGAUCACGGCGCCUCCUCCCUCCUCUGCCGUCCCGCCAAGCCUAUGCCCCUCUGGUCCUCCUCUUCAUCUCGAAAAUGUCUCCAGCUGAUCACAACUGGGUGCAAAGUGGCCUCCAUGCCAGAAGACCCACCCCCACCAAAUGAGGUGUGUUGGCCUGGAGUUUUCUCUCUUGCCAUAUGCAUACCUACGUAAUACCCUCUAUUCUGCCACCUGGCCACUGUUUUCUAUCUGGUCCUUUCCAGAAGAUAUUUGCACACCCCUGGGUUGGUUGAGCUCAUCUUCCCAUGAGUACCUGGACUUGCUACAUGCAGGUUUGCUGACUGACAGGCUGGAAACCCUGGUGGUGUAGUGGUUAAGUGUUACUGCCGCUAACCAAAAGGUGUACAGUUUGAAUCCACCAGGUGCUUCUUGGAAACUCUAUUCUACUCUGUCCUGUAGGGUCACUAUGACUUGGAACUGACUCGGCGGCAAUGGGUUCAAUUUUUUUUGGUUUGGGGAGGCACAGGUUCUCACUGCUAUUCCCUCUCUAUAUUUCCAGCAGCAACAGCACUAAACAUUUAAACCCUAACCUAAGAAAUAACAUAAUGUUAGCCUCUCUUACCUGAUAAAGCCCAGAGUACCACCGUUUUCUGUGUCUGGUAUGUCUAAUUACACUUUUAACCUCAAGGGCUCCCCCAAGUGCUUUAUGCAUUUUGAUGUGAAGAACUGGGUUUUUUUUGCAUCUGCCUCUGAAAACAUUCAUUCCUAAAUUGAGAUGGUGGUAGUAGUAAGGGCUGGAAAAUGGGCCCAAAUGGAGCAGCCCCAAGCCCCAGGGGAGGAGUGGUGACUUGGGGAGGCUGCGGGCUCUUUUCCAGAAGAGUCUCCGAACUUAGGGAAGAACUUCUUAUGAGUCCCUGCAACUUGUGUACGACUGAGAGAAGGAGCUAUGAGAAGCAUCAUCUGCUGGUCACGGGAGAGAGAGAGGAAGAUGCGAUGUCCUCAUGAGCCUCAAAGAGGACCUAGCAGUAGAAACAAGACCUACGUUCUUCUGUUUGGUAAUUGAGCAUCAGUAGUCACGUAGGAUGGUCUCACUCCAGUGAUUUCAGGAGAAAGUGGCAGUUCCGUAUCUGGUGGGGCUGAUGUUGGCCAGGGAUUAAAAGAGGAAUUCCAUAGGAGUCCUCUGUGAUCUUAGCACAUGUGCUGGGGGUCACUGCCAACCACUGGCAGAUAAACAGCUGCUUCAUAAGAGUCAAAGACUAUAGAAAACACUCAUGCCCACAGCACAGUCGCCACGACAUCUGCGCCUUCACCACCCAAGAGGAGAGAAGAGAACCUUGGCCAUUGAGAAUUUUCGAGGAUUUCUGGCUCCGGCCUAACUUAUUUCUCAGGGAUCUAACUAACUCCUGUUUUGUUGUAAAGCCUGUGAAGGAAAGUUUACCCAAUCGCUUAAGCAGCUGUCACUUGGCACAAAAUUAUUAGGAGUAUGUAUUUUAAUAAAAACCCCAAGUCAACUAAUUUUUGUGGAGACAUUUCAAAUGUCUUCUAUUGAAGUAGCCUUAAAGACUUUACUUGGAAAACAACCUCAGGCUGCUGAAAUAAACCUUACCAGAAUUAUCUUUCUAUUCUGACUCUGUUUGUCUGAUACUGUAGAAUCAUAGAAUGCUAGCUCUAGAAGGACCUCAGAGAGGUAGGGUGCCCAGUGGUUUUUGGACUAUGAUGUCUCAGGGGAUGCUUUGGUGGGGUAGGCAGCCAGGUGGAUGAGGAGACCCCAUCCCUACUCUAACCAGAGCAGCUGUGAUUUCAUCUUUAUAUGUUGGAGUUUCAUGUAGGAUUUUACUUCACUGAAUAUUUAAACAGCUUUAUUGAAGUAUAAUUGAUAUACAAAUACUGCACAUAUUUGAGGUGUACAAUUUGUUAGAUUUUAACGUAUUUUUACAUCUGUGAAAGCAUCACCAUAAUCAAGCCAAUAGAUACAUCACCCCAAAAGUUUCUUCAUGCCCCUUUGUAAUUCCUUCCUCCUGCUCCUCUUUGCCCCUCCUCCACCCCCAGGCAACUACUGAUCCGAUUUCUCUUGCUAUAGAUUAGUUUCUAGAAUUUCUUUAGUUUCUAGAAUUUCGUAUAAAUGGAAUCAUACUGUAGGGCUCUUUUGGAGGGAGGGGCUGGUGUCUUUCACUUAGUGUAAUUGUUUGGAGAUUUAUCCAUGUCUUGUGUGUCAAUGUGGCACUAGUUUUUUUUUUUUGUGUGUGUGUGUGUGUCAAUAGUUCAUUCCUUUUUAUUGCUGAGUAGUAUUUCACUGUAUGGCUAUACGACGAUGUUUUAAUACAUUCACAAGUUAAUGGACAAUUGUUUGUUUCCCCCAGUUUUUGACUAUUACAAAUAAAACUGUUAUGAACAUUCACGUAAAAGUCUUUGUAUAUAGAUACAUUUUCUUUUCUCUUGGGUAAAUAGCUAGGAUUAGGAUAGCUAGAUCAUAUGUCAGGUGUAAUGUUUAGCUUUUUAGGGAACUGCCAAACUGUUUGCCGAAGUAGUUGUACUACCUUACAUUAACAUUAGCCGUUUAUGAGCAUUCUGGUUGCUCCAAAUCCUCGCCAGCACUUGGUAUGGUCAGCCUUUUUAAUUUUAGACAUUCUAAUAGGUAUAUUAUUCUAUAUUCUAACGGCAGUGGGAAAUGGGUAAUGGGAAAUGGGUUGGGCAAUGGGAAAUGGGAAAUGGAUUGGGUUAAUAGGUAUAUAUCUACUGAGUUUUAAUGAGCAUUUUCCUAAUAACUAACGAUGUUGAGGAACUUCCAUGUGGUAAAGUAUCUCGUCAAAUCUUUUUGCCCAUUUUUAAAAACUGAGUUGUUUAUUUUCUUAUUAUUGAGUCUUGAGUGUUGUUCAUAUGUUCUGGAUACAAAUUUUUUUUUAAUCCAAUAAGUGAUUUGCAAAUAUUUUCUCCCAAUCUGUGGCUUGCCUUUUCAUUCUUUUAACAGUGCCUUUCAAAAAGCUGAAGUUCUUAAUUUUGAUGAAGUACAAUUUAUCAUUAUUUCCUUUCAUGGGCUGUGCUUUUGGUAUUGUAUCUGAGAAAUCUUUGUCUAAUCAAGAUCAGUAAAGUAACCCCUUUCUUGUCUGGUAGGAGCCCCAAAAGUCCAGGGGGUAGUUUCUUCUUCCAACAUAAUGGAAAUAUGACUGCCUCCCCUGGCAGAAGCAUUCUUUCCUUGGGUGCUAGAAUUCCCAUGCCCACCAAGCCUAAGUUAGUGGCGAUUAGAAAAAAAAAAUUCCAAUAAGG